ACUACUAAUAACGAUGCUUACGAUGCAAUGUUGCACUGCCUCACACAACUGUUGCUGCCUGCCCGUUGAAGCGACCGCGUAUGAUUCAAAUACAACUCUUCCAACCGCCUCUUGCCUCACGUGGCGUCUGUCGGGCGAGAGCAUCGCCCCUCCCCGAACAUUUAUUCCGGCCAUUCUUCUUGCCUAGAGAGACAUAUUCACCACUUAUAAUAAAAAAGCUUCAGGAUGCUUUUGGGAGCCGGUAGAAUCGUAGCUUACGUUGAUGAUAUCAAUCUUCGACGGGCAGCCGACAGGAUUCCUGUUGUACGUAACAGAGCUUCCAUGGUGCAUGAACUAAUGAAGGUUUACGGCCUCUUGGAGUUGAUGAAAACGGUGCCAAGCUCGCCUGCAUCAGAAGAUUAUGUCAAACUCUUUCAUUCUUCAGACUACAUCAAUUUCUUGAAGGCCGUCACGCAUACUAAUGAUGAUGACCUAUCAAUCGAAGAAGAAGAGUUAGAAGAUACAUUUGGGCUCGGCUUUGACUGCCCGGCGCUACCGAUGCUGUGGUCGUUGGUAUGUCACGUCGCUGGAGGCUCCAUGGCCGCCGCGAGGCUACUUACCUCCGGUCAGGCCAGUGUUGCGAUCAACUGGUGCGGCGGGUGGCAUCACGCUCAGAGGGACAGCGCCUCUGGCUUCUGCUACGUUAACGACGUCGUGCUAGCGAUCAUGCAACUCAGACACAAGUUCGCUAAAGUCGCCUACGUUGAUCUCGACGUUCAUCAUGGUGACGGUGUGGAGAACGCGUUCGCUUUCAGCCGCUCGGUGCUGACGGUGUCGCUGCACCUGAAGGAGGACGGCUUCUUCCCAGGCACCGGAACCCAGGAUGACGUGGGCGAGGGAGAGGGGCGCUACUUCUGCCUCAACGUCCCCUACAAGGCUGGGCUCUCGGACGAUAAUUUCGUCGAGCUUUUGAAAAGCGUGGUGGAGGAGGCAGUGCAGGUGUUCGCCCCUGACUGUCUGGUGGUGCAGUGCGGGGGUGACGCGCUCGCCCUCGACAGGCUGGGGGGCGCCAACAUCUCCAUCGACGGCUACACCAGAGCUCUCUCCCUCCUGCUGCGUCUGCAGUGCCCCACGAUGCUCUUGGGGGGAGGAGGCUACGAGCCCGCCAAUGCAGCGAGAUUGUGGACGAGUCUAACUGCUUCUGUCCUGGGGACUUCACUAGACUUAGAGAUUCCGGAACACUGUUUUUUUGAAAGGUACGGUCCUAGUUUUGAUCUCGCGGUGACUCCUUCCAACCGCAGGGAUCAGAACUCGUCGGAAUACCUAGCAGCUCUCAAGUCAAGUAUAAAAGCUCACGGUGAAGAGAUCCAGAAAAGAAUAAUGAACAAGACUCCGUGUCAAGAACCUCGAUAUUCAAGCUCCAACAAACAUCCCUGCUAUAAACGCUCGGAUGAGACUGGAAGCAGCAGCAGGAUUGAUGAUGAACCCAAGUCAGUUCUUGCCUUUGGAAUCUCGCAACACAGCCUCGGAAAAGUUCCAGACUCUGCUCCCGGUACAUCUACACAGAACAAAGUUUCUGUUACGCUAAAUGUUGAUAGUAGCGAUCUAGAAGAAACACCGUUCAUAAUGACGGAUGAUUGUUCCAUGGACAAAAAAGGCUGUACGAAGAAACACACAGUCGUAUCUGGUGCUUCCAGAUUAAAAUAUUCUUUUAAACGUCAGAAACUUGAAGAAGGGAAAUUAUCCACGAUGAAUGCACAUAAUCAUGAGCAAAAUAUUGAGGAUAUCUAUGAUUUUACUGAGGGCGAAUUUUGAUAAAUUGAAAUUUUAGUUGACCUAUUUUAAUUUAGAAUACAAUGGUAGACUAAUAUUCUUGGCACAAUAUUUGCAACUUAUUGCAUCUUCGGCUUCUCAAAUCAAUGCUCAAGUUUGCCUUUGUUUUAAACAUUUGAAUUCUUGCAGAAUCAUGGCCUAUUCUUGUCUCAUAAUUAGUCUAGCAGGCUGUGUGUCUAGAGAAAAAGAAUGCGAUUUGCGCUUGGUUUUGUACAAAGGCAUAGUUCGACCAUGGUGCGAAGGAACCUGAAAUUUUGGAAAUGAUGCAAUGCAUAAUAUAACAUGUUCCUAUUUGAUGUUGUGAAUCAAUUUAUAAAAAUAUAUUAACAAGUGCACUUCUAUUGUUGUUAUGUUUGAAUUUUGAAAAAUGACUGGUUAGUAAAUAAGUUUUUGAAUGCAAGUAGAAAUUGUUUUUGAUUCAUUAUUCGUAUGAGUUUUGAAUUAGCAUUGCUUUUUAUUCCUUUCGUUGCUCGUCCAUGACACAAGCAUCUUCAUUAGUUAUUGUUAACAAAAUUGAACUAGCAUAUCAUUUACUUUUAUGAAGUUGAACCGUACCUGUGGAGUACGCUUCACUUUUUAUUCCCAUGGUUUAAAUAAUUGUUCAACCAUGGGUUUUAUGGUUGAAAAAAGUCCACUUUUUUAAAAACUCGCUAUGUUUCUGCCUCUCUUAGUUCUUUGUCUAAGGUAGCUAUUUGUGUUUUAUAAUUAUAUUCCAUUACUUCUUAUUCGUGGGUUCUUUUGUUGCAACCCUGAGCUUCACAACCUGCGAAUGCGCAUCUGUCGGAUUCAUGCGUAUUUAUUCUUUCUGUCGGAUUCAUUUUAGUCAUCAUUUCUCUCCCGUUGAGCCAUCACAUGUAAAAUGUUUUGGCAAUAAUAUAAUAUAUUUUCUACUUCUACAAUC